CGAGGAAGAGGAGGAGCGGUGCGUCAAAAGGAGGGACCACAGCUGGAAGCGCCAAUCAGCGUCACCUUCGCAGCCAUGUUGUAACUCUUCAUUGUCUGGAGUUCGUUCAAGUUUUGUGCAGCAGCUGCUAGCGUGCCAAAAAGGAGAAGAAUAAGAAGAAAAAAAACACACAUUGUCCAGACUUGAUCCAGGUGGUGAGCUGAGCUGUAGGAUGAAUACAGCCGGCUUCAUAGCUGCAGUCCGCAGAGGAUGCACGCAGACCUUUAAACGACCCCCGCUCCUCCUCCUGCCUGUUUCCUCUGUCCGGGUUCAGUGCUGUUUGCAGUCCACAGAGGCUGUGUCUGCUGCCCGAGUGCCGUACAUGGUGAAGGUGUCUGCUGGAAAGCGCUACGCCUGGUGUGCUUGUGGUCAUAGCAAGAAGCAGCCUUACUGCGAUGGAGCUCACAAGACGAAGGCGCCGAGCAUCUCUCCUCUACGCUUCACCCCCGAAAAAGAUGGGCGGGUGUUGCUAUGCGCCUGCAAACAAACCAAAAACGGCCCAUAUUGCGACGGCUCCCAUAUUAAGGUCAUCGUCCGGGAUGUGGUGAAGUCGAUAAAAGGGAUCUUUAAAUGAAUGAAAUGUUUUUGUCUGUGUAACGCACAUUCUUAUAAAAAUGCAUUAAAAUACAUUAAAACAUUGUUGUGUCCUGGGCCGCAUCUUCAAAACAUCCAAGGACUGAGAUCAGUCCUAAAAAGGAUGGAGAUAUUAAUGAUGUGGCGUGUCCAUCCAAACGUCCUCAAACGUUUUCUUUUUCAUAAUUUUUAUGUAUGUAUUUUUAUUUUAUGUAUCUCAUCCAUAAGAGCUGUGUGUGAGCAACAAUGUUUUAAUUAAUUAUUUUUGAAAGCAUAGUUUGGGGCAUUUUAGAAAUGGUGAUGCUGCUCAGAAUUAUAAAUCAAAUGGGAAAAAAAAAAAAAUUUUAAAGCACAAAUGGACAGGUAUAAGUGAUUUUAUGGCCAUUACUGCAUCAUCCUUUAAAUUUAGUGUAUCAACAUCUGAUGUUUAGUUUUGUCAUUUGCAAAAUACACGAGUAAAAACGAAUGCAUUUUAAUA